UAAUCCCUCCGUCACUUCUUCCCCUUCCGCUCCGCUAAUCCCUCCGUCACUUUCUCCCCUACCAAAAAUCCCUUCCGCUGGCGUCCCCAUGAAGGCAGGCACGCAGCCUGUAGACACAUCAUCGCCACCGCUCCUCCGCUCCGCCGGCCGUCCAGGCCCACGCCAUGCCUUCUCCCCACGCGGCAUCGCCUCCAUCGGCCCUCCACGCCCCACUUCCCUUGUCGGAGGUCCCUCCAUCUUUUCACUUCCUCGGUCGAGAUGCCGCCGCCCAACCACCGCAUCUCACCCGCGGGCCUCUUCGGCGCCCCUGACCCGCCGCCCUCCCAGUGCUCCCUCACACCUCUCCCUUCUCGGUGCCCACAAGCCGUCCUCCUGGCGCUCCCCACUCCAUCCCACAAAGACAAAAUCGAGACGGCGGCAGGUGCCCGCAUCGCCGGCUCGCCGCACUUCGCUGGCCAACAACCGUCGCGGGCGUUCCCUGAUCCCUUCGAGCAGCAGCAGCAAUGGGCGCCCAAUCCCCUCCAUGCGUCCGUGCUCUCCGCCUGGGAGUUGCUCUGUUGCCAGGUUCAGGAAGAGCUAUUUUGUGCACAUGAGUUGCUAUUGGCAGUGGACAAAUUAUCUAUGCAGAGAGCUUAGAGAAAAAAAAUGUAACCUCCCAAGUAGACUAUCUCUGGCAGAGGAAAACUUCCACCGAAUCGACAUGAAGCUCCAUACCCAUGUGGGUGCUCGGGCGGUGGCGAUGACUGCGCCGGCGCCAACAUGCCAUCCCUUAGCCUGCUUUGCUUGAUGCCAGCCUCGCCGCCUGCGUCGGAGAGGCAACUGUAGGUCAGGAUGCUCCGGGAGAUCACCACGCUUGGGCAAGAUGAGCGUCACAUCCUGGUCCAGCAAGGAGGAUCAUAUGUGUACCAAGACCGGAGAAGAGCGCCGGCAAAGAAUACGAGGCGAAGGAGGAGUUUGAAGCUCGAGUUGCGGCAUGAGCAGAGUCCAAGAAGUGUAAACUUGCAUCAAGUCACGAACAAAAUCUCCACGUAUUUUCUUCUGAAUCUUGUGUUGUUUUGGUCAUGAUGGAUCAGAUAUCAAAGGAAGGAGGUGACGAUACAGGAGUGGGAGAACUGCCAGAAAUCCAAAUUCGAAGCCAAGAUGAAUGCAGAGCUCAGCAUCCAUGAACUUGUUGCACCGUCCAGAUAAGACUGAAACAAAUCUCAGCUGGUUGUAAUUGUGCAAAUUUUAUUUCAGGUGCAGGCCGAGAAGGCGGGGGUGAAGAACAACUUCACCAAGAGGCUUCCCACAUUGAGGCACAAGGUGGAGGGGAAGCAAGUGAGGGUCGAGGUGAGACGGGACCAGCAGGCAGUCUGGUUGGCGCGACAGGUGGAGCGCAUCUGGAAGACCGGACACGUGCCGUCCCGGUUCCAGUGUUGCAACUGGUUCCUGUGCUGAAAACCAAACAAAUUUCAGAUUGCGUCUGAAAUGCAAUCUCACUGAAGAAGCUUGAAUGUCUCGAUGCAAGCCGUGGGACAAGAUGCACAUGCAAUUAUUUGAAUCGGUGUGCUGCAGAUGUUGGUUUGCUGUGUAGUCUGUACAAUCUGAAUGGCUAUGACCUGAGCUACAGUAGCACGUUACCAUUGAUAACAUGAGGUAAUGCUAAUGGUCUGGUGGCUAAUGUAGUGAGAUCUUGAAAUCAUCCUUUCUUUAAACUUAGUGGUAAUGGUAGAAAAAUAAAAAAUAUGGCAUUUUAUCUAGGAAAGAUAUAUAUCGGUUGCUCAGUUCCAG